GAAGCUUCUAGAUCCUGCUUUAGCAACCUGCUCAAAGCCGUCCAUGUUUCUUAAUCUUGUCUAUAAAUCUCUGAAGGCAGAUGUAGUGUUACGGCGCGUGAAGGCCUUUGUGAAGAGGUUACUUCAAGUCACUUGUGGACAAAUGCCACCCUUCAUUUGUGGAACCCUGUACCUUUUGUCUGAGCUUCUGAGAGUAAAACCAGAGUUAAGGGUCCAGUUACAGGAUCGUGUGGAGUCAGAUGAUGAAGAAUGCUUUAAGGAUCAAGAAGAGGCUGAGGAAAAAUUUGUGGGUGCAGACAAAGAAGUAGAAGGUGAAGAGAGGAGCACAACGGAAAACUCUGCUAAAACAAAUGUUUCAAAUUCAGCAGCCUCUUGGGUGCAUCAUCUGAAUAUGGGAGGCAGGAAGAGUGGAGCUUUGUAUGAUCCUACGCACCGAAGUCCUUUAUACUGUGGUGCUGAAAGUACAAGCCUUUGGGAACUGAAGAAGCUUUCUGAACAUUUUCAUCCAUCUGUGGCCCUAUUUGCGAAAACAAUUCUAGAAGGAAAUCACAUUCAGUACUCCGGUGACCCUUUGCAGGAUUUCACAUUAAUGAGAUUCUUGGAUCGCUUUGUGUAUAGAAAUCCCAAGCUUAAUAAAGGCAAAGAAAACACCAGCAGCGUGGUAAUGCAGCCGAAGAAGAAGCGGUUUAUGAAAGAUACGCAGAAUCUUGCAGUCAACAGUAAGGAAUUCCGUGCCAAAGAUGAAAGCAAAAUCCCAGUGGAUGAAGUGUUUUUUCACAGAUUUUAUUCGAAGUUCGAUAAGAGGAGAGAGAAACAAAAGCGUCAGGAUGAUGAAGAAAGUGUGGAAGAUGUAGAUGAUGAUGAAUUUGAAAGAGCAUUGGAUGCAUUUGAAGCUGCUGAUAAUGCCAUUGAUGUUGGCCAGGAUGACCUUGAUUUUGCUGGUAAUAUAAAAAAGAAAAACAGAAGUGGUAAGAAAGGCCAAAGAAGUGAGGAAUCUGGUGCUGACUGGGUGGAUUCUGAUGAUGAAUUCAGUGAUCUGGAUGAUGAGGAAGUCUCCUUGGGAAGUAUGGAGGAAGACUUCGGAGACGAUAUGGAUCAAGAGGGAGGUGUAUUUAUGGAUGUGUCUGUUGAUGAUAAUGGCCUAGACCUGAACAGUGACGAGCAAUUGAAGUCUGUCAGUAAAAAGGGCAAGAGAAAGAAAGACACGGAUUUUGCGGGAUCACUUGAAGGAUCCAACCGAGGAAAGAAGAGAAAACUCAAAGAUGCCAGUAUACUGGCAUCUGCAGAAGAGUUUGGCUAUCUGCUGGAUGAAAAUUCUGGGUCAAAGUUUGACAAUAUCGGGAUGAAUGCCAUGGCUAACAGAGAUAAUGCAAAUGUCAAACAGAUCCAGUGGGAAAUAGAGCGUGACAAGUGGCUUCACAACAGGGAUGUGAAAAGCAUCAUCAGAAAGAAGAAACAGUUCAGGCACAGAGGGCUGAAAAACAAGUACAAAGGCAAGAAAUCAAAAAGAUGAACUGGACAUCUUAAUGUGGACACUUUUACAAUAAUUAUUCUCAAAUAAUUUUUUAAUUAAUCACACAUCUUACUUCAGUUCUUGCUGCUUAACCAUGUCACCUGGUCAUUCUCCCUUAUGCUGUGAAUUCCGGACCACUCAUUGGAUUUGUAAUACACUGAAAAACAGGAAAA